AUGCCGCCUCACGCAUCUCAGCCUCAUCGCAUCAACCUACGACAAAAAGCCUCUCUUGCGCCUCUUUUCCUCAACUCAGGGCUAGGUUCAAGACAGAUGAGGCCAGCAUGUCACUUUGCAAGGCGAACCCUAUUCCAAAUCUCACCUAGACUGCUCAUCUGCGCACAUCGACGAUGUCUUCUCACGCUAGCCAUCGAAACAAGCUGCGAUGAUACCUGUGUAGCCAUUCUCGAAAGGCACAAGAACCGCUCUGCCACCCUUCACUUCAAUUCGAAGAUAACGUCCGACAACCGACCAUAUGGGGGAGUCUAUCCCAUCGUCGCACACGAGUCGCAUCAACAAAAUAUUGCUGCUUUGGUGAAGCGGGCACUGAGCAAUCUACCAGCAGCAUCACAAUCGCAGGCAGACGAGGGAAAAGAAGACACAAUGGUCAUUACAGAUGAAAGUGGUAGAUCAGUAAGGAAGAAGCUAGAUUUUGUCAGUGUAACAAGGGGACCUGGAGCGCGAGCAAGCUUGAUAAGCGGCGUUGACUUUGCCAAAGGCUUCGCAGUGGCAUUGAAUAUUCCAUUAGUUGCCAUAAAUCAUAUGCAAGCUCAUGCGCUAACCCCUCGACUCCUGGCAGCACUUGAAAAGCAAAAUAUGGAGAAUGCAGAGACGAUACCAACGGACCCUCCGUUUCCCUUUCUCACGUUGCUGGUAUCUGGCGGACAUACCAUGCUUGUCCACUCGAAAGAUCUCUGUGACCACGAGAUCAUCGCUAAUACCACCGAUAUUGCCAUAGGAGAUAUGUUGGACAAGUCAGCCCGUGAUAUUCUCCCCCAGAUACUACUUGAUAGUGCCCCGUGUGUUAUGUACGGCCCUUUGCUCGAAAAUUAUGCAUUUCCGAAUAACGAGGGAGACGGGGAACGUUUUUCAACACACCACGCAAAAGAGCUUUCAGAAAAUUCAUAUGGAUGGAAGGUCAACUCUCCUUAUGCUAGAUCAGGGCCCCGGGGGAAAUCAUCAAACCAGGAAUCAUUUUCAUUCUCGGGAAUUGGCAGCUCGGCUAAAAGAAUUGCGGAUGGAAACACAAAUGUGGACGAAGCCGAAAGGCGACUUCUCGCUCGGGAAGUUAUGAGGGUGUCAUUUGAACAUCUUGCCUCUCGGGUGCUACUCGCUUUGGAAAAGGCAGAAAUAAAGCACGUGAGAACUUUGGUUGUUUCGGGAGGUGUGGCAAGCAACCAAUAUCUCAAAUUUAUUUUCAGAACCCUAUUGGAUGAUAAUGGUUACUCGUAUAUAAGGUUGAUAUUUCCCCCACCAAAAUACUGCACGGAUAAUGCGGCGAUGAUCGCCUGGACAGGCAUCGAAAUGUUUGAAGCAGGUUGGAGAACUGAUUUGAGUGCUAUGGCGAUUAGGAAAUGGUCGAUAGAUCCUGCUUCUGAGGAUGGUGGAAUCUUGGGUAUUGGCGGGUGGUUGAAGACUGAAGCACUCAGGUAA